UUUUAUUUUAUUUUCGUUCAGAGCUUCACAUUAGAGACAAAAAAUGGCAGGAGGGGUAGUUUUAGUCUCGUCGAGUAUUAUUCAACCCGUAAACAGCAACCAAUCCGGUCGAACUAAGAUCCAUCUUACUCCAUAUGACCUUAGUCUUCUUCAAUUCGACUAUGCUCAAAGAGGUCUUCUCUUUCCCAAACCCGAUCCAGAUUUCAAUCUUAUCUCUAGGCUAAAGACCUCUCUAUCACUCGCCUUAGAUAUCUACUUCCCUUUCGCGGGUCGUCUCGUCAAAACGGAGAAUCUUGAAGACGAGACAGUGUCGUUUUACAUAGACUGUGAUGGCUCUGGCGCUAGGUUUCUCCACGCCGAAGCUGAAUCUGUCUCGGUGAGUGAUUUUCUUCAGCCUGAUGGCUCUGUUCCCGAUUUCACGAAGCACUUCUUUCCCGCCGACGAUUUCAAGAGCGUUGAUGGUGUCACGGUGCCCUUGCUUGUUAUACAAGUUACCGAGAUGAAGGACGGAGUGUUCAUCAGUUACUGUUACAACCACAUGGUGGCAGAUGGAGUUUCUGUAUGGGGUUUCUUUCACACAUGGUCCAUGAUUUGCUCGACUGGUUCAGGUUUCAAUCAUAAGCCUCUUGUUCUUAAAGGAUGGUUCCUCGAGGGUAUCGAUUACCCUAUCCAUAUUCCGGUUUCAGAGUCGGAGAGGCCACCACCGAGCCGUGAAGUACUUUCUUCGGUGCCAAUUACGAAAGAAUGGAUUUUUCACUUCACAGAGGAAAACAUUUCAGAUCUCAAAGCUAAAGCCAACAGCGAGGUUGACUCUAGUGACGACCUGGGAAUAGUUUCAUCACUUCAAGCGGUUUCUGCACAUAUGUGGAGAUCAAUCAUCAGACAUAGUUGUGUGUGCCGGGAACAAGAGACGUAUUGCAAACUAGUGGUGGACUUGAGGCAGAGGGUAACUCCUCCCCUUGAGAAAGAUAGUUUUGGGAAUAUGGUCUAUAUUACAUCAGCCACAGCCACCGUGGAAGAGCUGCUGGAUCGUGGCUUGGGUUGGGCUGCUCUCCAAAUAAAUAAACUAGUGAGAUCGCAGACGAAUGAAAACUGUAAAAGUUUUGCAGAGGAUUGGGUUAGAAAUGUUAAGAACGUAAAAUCAGGCCUUGGCAGUAGAGUAGACGGUGAUACUAUAGUUAUCGCAAGCUCUCCCCGGUUCGAAGUGUACAACAAAGAUUUCGGUUGGGGAAAACCUAUUGCAGUUCGAGCUGGACCGUCCAAUAGUAUCAGUGGCAAGCUUAAUCUUUUUACGGGAAUUAAUGAAGGAAGUAUUGAUGUUCAAGCUAACCUAUGGUCGGAUGUCAUAACGAAUCUACUAGCCGAUGUGGAAUUUUUAGAGCAUGUAACUACUGCAUGAUUGAUUUAUUUAGGAGCAUACCAUCUGGCUCCGGUAUUUGUCUCUUUGAUUAUUUACAGUACGAACCUGGCGAAGGUAUUAUGGUUAAAUAGCUUGCCCUUGAUUGCUU